GUGUGAUCAUUGCUUGUACAGCCCUGUCGCAGUGUCCGGAGCAAGUAUGGUGGGUCUGACACACCGGUGUCAAUGUGUUCUUUUUUCCAUUUCCAGGAGUGUAUUACAGCGCUUCCUUGUUUCUAGCAAAGGUGAGUCCCUCUCGCAGCCAGAGGAAGCUCGCGACUGGCAUUCGUUGGUCAACAACUGACUUGGGCUGUUUUUAAAGUGGCACCGACAACGUUUGGCAAUUUCCCACAGUUCAUAUUACGUGUAUGAGGAAGUCGGCCGACUCGACCGAGAAAAACAAACUGAACUGAAUUUUACCGACUGUCAUCCGAUAUCUGUCCGAUCAGGCAAUGAGAUCGGCUUCAUUGUGACCGCGCAGGUACUGAUUUACUGAUUUGAGAGGAUCGGCUGUCUUCGACCGACGUCGGUCGUGGGCGGAACCCACAGAUGUCGGUGCCGCUGUGACCGCAGACUUGGACCGAGUAUGGUGAUGCAUGGAACCGCCGAGUUUCUGGUUGAACGGUUCCCCUCUCCUAUUGUAUCAUAAAAAAGAGCUCCAGAUGUCAACUCUCUCCCUAAACGCAGAGUCUAAGAUUUCAGACGAAUCUACAGGAGAAACCUAGUCUCUGAACGAAUCAUUCAGUUCAGUUCAUGUGAACGUCGAGGAUCAUUGCUACAUCCAACGAUUUUAACGCCCUCAUCAAAGUACAAACCACUGCUCUCUCAUAUUUCAAGAGAACUAAGUGUUUCUACGGGAGGAUUGGGGAACUGGGGAGUUACAGUUAUACAUGGUUCACAUAGUAGAUAAAGCGCAGCUGACGUCAUAAUCCGACGAAGAGACCAUUACUUUUAAGAUUUAUGACAAGCACAUUAGACGCACAAAAGUAAUAGUCAUAUGAUCGUAAAAUUCUCUCCAAAUCUCCGGUAACUCAACGCGAAAAAAUCGUUCUUGCAUUCAUCCUAAGGUCAGAGCACCUCGCAGAGACCGAACACUACAUAGUUUUGGUGACCCGGUUUUAAGCCAAAGAAUGACAUCAUUUUCACCAGGUUGUUAACGUAAAUGAAUAUUAAAUACUACUUGACGGUUUCAAACGUGUGCUGAUGGUUCAAAUGGCUCUGAGCACUAUGGGACUUAACUUCUUAGGUCAUCAGUCCCCUAGAACUUAGAACUACUGAAACCUAACUAACCUAAGGACAUCACACACAUCCAUGCCCGAGGCAGGAUUCGAACCUGCGCCCGUAGCGGUCGCGCGGUUCCAGACUGCAGCGCCUUUAACCGCUUGGCCACCCCGGCCGGCAAACAUGUGCUGACUUCCAAGAACAGAAAUUAAUGUAAACGCAUCCCAUGCGUAUCAAAUGCCAUAAGCUGUGCACAAAUACAGUUGGCACGGAUACAACCUCGGAAGAAGUAUUCUGAAGCCUCAUAUACGAAACAGUUGUGUGGAACUAUGUUAUUAAGGGAUGCAAGAAAGCAGCAAUACACAACCCUGGUCGGUUUCAGUUAAAUAUAGAAGUUUUAACUCUUGUCGAGAAGCAAAGCACUAACAAAUUAGUGGUCGUUAAAAAAUCAAACGUAAGAAAACAAAGUGAGAACGUCUUUGGGGGAGGAAAUAUUUCUCGGAGCGUUCUGUGUUAAGUGAAUAGGCAAUAUUAGUGAAAUUAUAGCUAACAUUGCCUUCUUUUCAAACAUUCUAGAAGUGAUGCGAUCUAUGAUAGCGCAGAUGUACAAAUGCUACAAGAAGCGUCAGGUGUAGCUGUUUAUUCACUACAUCUGCACAUGGUUCUAUGUAAUAAUAAUUAACUACUUUCACUUCGUCUUUUGUUCAUAAUGUAUACAUAGGUGCGUAACACGCUGCCGCUCACCUGCCACCUUGCACAGACUGGUAUAUAAGGCAGAGGCGGGCCUUGGCUGACGUACUGCGACGCCCCACUAGGAAACCACGACGAUGUUUUGGCCGCUUCUCCUGGUGCUGCCCCUGCUGGCCGAGGGUGAUUCCUCAGGCAGUGUGGGUUGUAUACUGCCAGCUGCCUCUACGGAGACGUUCUACAUGACUACCGAGGAGAAGCCGUGGUACCAACAGUACCAGUACCAGGUACCCGGCCUGUAUGACCUGGGCUGCGUCACAUACGUCCAGUCGCCUGGGGAGACCGACACCGAGAUGUACCUCACUGGCAACUUCAGUAAGGCGCCACUAUUUCCUCUGAACAGCAAUGUGUCAAUCACCGGGAACAGGCUGGACAAGGUCUACGAAGGCGUAUGGGAAUCUUUGCUGAGCGGACCGUACAACGUAGUGUACUCGCACGAGGACUUCAUCAUGGACCACUACUGUUUUCUAGGAUACGAAGUGGCCCAAAUAUUCACAACUGUCAAGGAACCCAGCGACGAGUUGAUGGAGCUGAUCUGGGAAGUUGUCGAUAAUCACACUGAAGUAGACAGGCCUAAAUUCACGAAAGUGGUCUGUUAAUGCUGUACAUGUGAUCAAUAAUUCACUACACUUCUGUAUAAAAUGUGUCUCUCACCCUAAUGCUUAAAUUCAUAUGUCACUAAUUAAAGAUGUUAAAUAAAAAGGAUGGUUGUGAAUCAUUA